UGAUAUGUAUUACCCUAACUUUAUUUUUUUAGACAACAUAUAAGUAAAAUGGAAACAGUCAAAAAUGUUCUUCUAGGCCUCCCUUUUAUAAAAGGACCAUAUGAUUACAUUAGCAGUAUUGAAACACACAUGGAUUAUGAGGGACAACGCAAAGCUGAAAGGAUUUACCAAGUUAUUAUCACGCUGUUCGGAAUUGUUGGUUUUAUUUGGGGAUUUACAAUUCAACAAUUAUCAGCCACAGUUUACAUUGUACUCGGUGGUUUUGCUCUCUCCUGCUUAAUUGUUCUACCACCGUGGCCAUUUUUCCGUCGCGAUCCUUUACCAUGGCAACCAAUCGAAAAAGAAAAACCGUCGAAGAAAAAUGAGAGCAAGAAGAAAUGAUAUUGUAUAAUUGUUUGGAAAAAUAAAAAAUACUUGUAGUGUUA